ACCGCCCCAGGGGCGGACCCGGCGAGACCCAGCUGCCCAGAGCCUAGCGUGCAGCCUGGUGGGCUGAGGGGGCGGCGGUGUGGGAGCCGGUGAAGUUUAGGCGACCGCGGCCAAUGCUGAGAUCUCGAUCCUGGUUCGACACUUGAGGUCGAGGAGCCGAGCGGACUGGUUUACGGACGCCCCCGGGCCCGCAGCUGUCGUCUUGCGUUCUCUUUUCUGUGUUUAAGCUUGUAAAAUGUCAACUAUCAAGCACCUAGUUUACGCAGUUAUUCGUUUCUUGCGGGAACAAAGUCAGAUGGAUGCUUAUACUUCUGAUGAACAAGAAAGUUUGGAAGUUGCAAUUCAGUGCCUGGAGACGGUUUUUAAGAUCAGCCUAGAAGAUACACAUCUAGCGGUUUCACAGCCUUUGACAGAAAUGUUCACAAAUUCCUUUUGUAAGAAUGACAUUCUGCCCCUUGAAAACUUAGUGCCUGAAGAUGUGGGAAAAGCUGACCAAUUAAAAGAUGAAGGUAAUAACCACAUGAAAGAAGAAAAUUAUGUUGCUGCGGUGGAUUGUUACACACAAGCGAUAGAACUGGAUCCCAAUAACGCAGUUUAUUAUUGCAACAGGGCUGCUGCACAAAGCAAAUUAAGUCACUACACAGAUGCAAUAAAGGAUUGUGAAAAAGCAAUAGCAAUUGAUUCAAAGUACAGCAAGGCCUAUGGGAGGAUGGGGCUGGCCCUUACUGCCAUGAAUAAAUUUGAAGAAGCAGUUAGAAGUUAUCAAAAGGCAUUAGAUCUUGACCCUGAAAAUGAUUCCUAUAAAUCAAAUCUGAAAAUAGCAGAACAGAAGUUAAGAGAGGUAUCUAGUCCUACAGGAACUGGACUGAGCUUUGACAUGGCUAGCUUGAUAAAUAAUCCAGCUUUCAUUAGUAUGGCAGCAAGUUUAAUGCAGAACCCUCAAGUUCAACAGCUCAUGUCAGGAAUGAUGACAAAUGCCAUUGGGGGACCUGCUGCUGGAGUUGGGGGCCUAACUGACCUAUCUAGUCUCAUCCAAGCGGGACAGCAGUUUGCUCAGCAGAUACAACAACAGAAUCCUGAACUUAUAGAGCAACUGAGAAAUCACAUCCGGAGCAGAUCAUUCAGCAGCAGCACUGAAGAACAUUCCUGACUUGAUCAGGGACUCUAGCCCAGAAUGAAAGUGGUUUAUGGCUAUUAAGUAUUCAGUGUAGGUAGUAGCCAAAACCAAAACAACAACAAAAAGCACCAAAAUAAUGGAGGAAAACCUCUUGUGUGUAUUCUUAAAGAGCAAAUCUGUUUAGGCAAUAGGUUUAUCACAAAGAGACUGGAACAUGACUCCUUGGAAAUGAAUGCUCACUAGCCUUGUUAAGUGCCAGUACAGCACUUUGCAAGGUUCCAUCCAUUUCCAAUCUUUUAUCAUAUUUGUACAUUAGACUUAAUAGCAGAGUACCUUUAUUGUAGUACUGUUCAUUGGUGAGUUCUUUAGCUCCAAGUUACCUUAAGAAAAGUUUUUUUGAGAAGAGAGAUAACGGCAAAGGUUUGCCAUACUGGUUUAGAAGAUAUACUGGGCAGCAUAUCAGGAGAGAAGAAACCUUAGGUUUGAUAAGUGCUCUCAGUAAUGAAUAUGUAUCAUAGGUGCCAGUACUAUCUUUAAUGCUCCUUCUUCUGAUGAGUGACAGGGAAUCUUAAGGGCUGAUGAAAAGUAGCAUUUGGUGCAAUGGAUAUUUUGAGAAGAGAAAAAAUAGAUAAUGUGAAUGUAUAGGAAGUAAAGGUAAGAUGCUCAGGUUUUUUGCACAGUUCUUAAGUAAUAUUGUCUGUAGUUUAAUACUAAUAAUAUUAGCAUGGCCAAUUAUGCUAAAUACAUAAUAAAAUACAUUUAGAAGUCCUUAAUGGUACUGGUUAGGUCAGUGAUAUAACUGUAUAACUUAAUUAUCACAAUUUCUCUGGUUGUGAAUUUACCUUAGAAACUACCAGAUAUACCUAAUUAGCACACAAAACCAAUGGCUUGACCCUAAGUUAAGGAUAUUCUAAGUGGAAUUUAAUUAUGUGCCCAUAAAAAUUGAUUUAAAAAAAUAAUUAUUUAAUGGGUAACAAAAACAUCACUAACAUAGUUUGUCCAUAUAAUCCUCUGCUAUAAUUUAGCUCAGUGUAUCAGUUUUAGGCGUAACCUUAAUUUGAUGCAAUUUUUUUUUUGUCUGGGGGGGUACUGGGGAUAGAACUCAGGACCUUGUGCUUGCAAGGCAGGCACAGCACCACAGAGAUAAAUUCCCAGCCCAAUUAGAUGCAAUUUAAAUACCAGAUUUAAAAGAUUUUAUUAUGAAUUAGAUGCCACAUUGGUUACUGGAGGGAAAUGGCGUUAGGUACUAAUGGCAUCGCUCUGAAAAAAAUGAUGAAUGAGAUAUUUCUAAUUCCAAAUGGAACUUCUAGUUUAUCAUGAAAUCACUGAGCUAUAUCCUCAGGCUUUUUACUUUGAUAUAAGGUCUUUCUAAAAUUGCCCAGGCUGGCCUUGAACUUGUGAUCCUCCUGCCUCAGCUUCCUGAAUAUUUGGAAUUUUAGGUGUGUAACACAAUUUUCAUAGAAAUGAUUUUAAGGACCACACAUUGUGGUUCUGAUGUAGGUCCAAGGGCUUAAAUUUAUUUGUUUCAGGCUGGCCUAAAAUUUGUGGCAAUCCUGCCUCAGUCUUCCAAGCGCUACAAUUAUAGGCAUGUGCCACCACACCUGGCAAGAGCUUAAAAUUUAGAGCAACACUAGGAUAGAGGUUUCUCCCCAAGCUAGACCAGCAAAUGCAUAAGCACCUGGGCUCAGGCUAAAAUGAAGACCUGUAUUAGCAUAUGGUUCUGGCUAGAGAAGAGCAGGACUUAAACCUGAAGCCUUCUGAAAUUAAAUCUCCUAUAGACUAUCUAAACCAUCUUAAUUUAUAUGAACUUACACUCAGCUCUUAAGUGCUUAAGUAUUACACAAAAUAAAGUACUGAUCACAUAAAAGUACUGUGAUAAAAGCAAAGUUGGUCCUUAAUUAAGAAUUUAUAAUUAUUCUUACCUAGUGAAAAUUAGCAUUUCUAGCACAAUUAUUUUAGACUCAUUAAAAAUGCUUCAGAGAGGGCCAGGGAUGUAGCUCAGCAGCACAACACCAGGCACAAAGUCCUGAGUUUGAUUCCCAUACCAAAAAAAAAAAAAGCUUCAGAGCUGGGUAAAUGCCUGCCACUCUGAUGAUAAGGAUGAUAAAUUCAAGCCAAGCCUGGGAAAUUUAGUGACUUAGUAAAACCCGUCUCAAAAUAAAAAACGGGCUGCAGAUAUAAUUCAGUAGGCCCUAGGUUCAGGCCCCACUCCAUUACCCCCCACCUCACACCAAACUUGCAGAUCAGUAAAACUGAUAAGCUUCUAGUUGACUAACUAGGAAAACAGAAAAUACAAAUUAACCUGGAGAUAUAAACCUUAGUGAUAAUGUGCUUGCCUAGCAUUUAUGAAACCCAGGGUUUGAUCCCUAAUAUCAUUAAAAAAAAGUAACAAACAGAUAUACUACAGAUCUGUAGACAUUAAAAGCGUAAUUAGAAACACUACUACUAACUCUAGAUCUAUAUAUUCAACAACUUAGAUGAAACAGGCCAAUACUUUGUAGAAUACAAAUAACCAAAGUUCACUGAAGACAGAUAUCUAAACAGGCCUAUAUUAUAUUGAGAAAAUUGAAUUUAUAGUUAACAGCCAUCCAGAAAAAUAGAAAACUGCAAGCCCAGAUGACUUCAAUGAUGAAAUCUACCAAAUACUUAGGGAAGAAAUACCAGUUCUGUACAAUCUCUUCCAGAACACAGAGGAGGGAAACAUUUUCCAACUCAAUUUUAUUUGGCCAGUUGUACCAGAUAACAAAAUCAGACAUCUUAAGAAAAAGCAGUUCUUUAAAACAUUGUCUUUAUCUGUUACUAUCUUUAGAGUUAGCUAUUGUUUUUACAUGAAAUAAUGGUAACUGGUAUAUUUCUUCCCUUUCACUUUUCCAGUUUGUUUCUUUGGGGAUAUACCAACACUGAUAAAUUCAAUUAAGAUACCACCUCUCCAUUUACAUAGAUUUCCAUUCUAUUCAAGCCAUUUUUGUUCCUCAGGUCCCUUUAUCACUUUGGAUGAAAAGAUCAUUGCAUUGCAUUGCAAGCUAUUUCAUGAAUGUCUUGAUUGGUCUGAUUGUAUUAGCCACUCUUAAAAUUAUAAAGAAUGCCCCCAAUAUUAUUCUUCCCUGUGUGGAAAAUAUAGUUGCUAUCAAAGAGAAACAAGAAUGCAUUAAAGUAAACUACUUCUAAUUA